UAACCAGCAAAAUUGCUUGAAACGAAGAAGCUAGUUAGAACAAACAUCUGAACCGAGAUCGUAGAGGAGGAAGAAGAAGAAGAAGAAAAAGAGAAUGGGAACGACGGUGGCGGGUCUAGCGCCGGGUCUGUCUCGGAAGCUGAAGAAGGUUCUAGAAUCGAGGAUCGACACGCCUGAUCUCUUGUCUUCGCUCAACACGCUCUCUUCCUUCUACGACGAGAACACUCCUCAGACGCGUCGUAACCUCCGAUCCACCAUCGAGAAGCGCUCUCUCUCCAUCAACCAUGAAUUCCUCGACGCUUCCCACGCGGCGCAGCUGGCCUUGGAUAGCGUGGAGAGGGAGGUCGAUGCGCUCGCUGAAUGCUGCGACAGGAUAGCAAAGGCUUUGAAUAGUUGUAGUGCUAGCACUACUGACAUUAUCAGUACGACAGAGAGGCUCAAACAGGAGCUUGAAACUACCACACAGCGACAAGAGAUUGUGGCAUGUUUCUUACGUGAUUAUCAGCUCUCCCCUGAAGAGAUAAACGCACUUAGAGAAGAGGAGCUGAAUGAAAACUUUUUCAAGGCAUUAUCUCACGUCCAAGAGAUUCAUGCCAAUUGCAAAGUAUUGCUAAGGACGCAUCAUCAGCGUGCUGGUUUAGAGUUGAUGGAUAUGAUGGCUGUUUAUCAAGAAGGAGCUUAUGAACGCCUAUGCAGGUGGGUUCAGGCCGAAUGUAGAAAAUUGGGGGACACUGACAAUCCGGAAGUUAGCGAGCUUCUGAAAACAGCUGUGCGUUACCUUAGGGAAAGAUCUGUUCUUUUCAAAUAUUGUGCAGAAGAGGUUGCUAAUAUGAGACACAAUGCAUUAUUUAGAAGAUUUAUAAGUGCUCUUACACGUGGAGGACCUGGUGGAUUGCCUCGACCAAUUGAAGUUCAUGCUCAUGACCCACUACGGUAUGUGGGUGAUAUGUUAGGCUGGUUGCAUCAGGCCUUGGCAUCUGAACGUGAACUUGUAGCUGUGUUACUUGAUCCAGAUGCUAUUAUUGAUUCUGGAUCAAAGCAAUUCACCAACAACACUGAGAAUGGAUCUGCGAAGACAGAAUCUGACUUGAUGUUUGUUCUUGAUAGAAUUUUUGAAGGAGUAUGUAGACCAUUUAAAUUGAGAGUUGAACAAGUUUUGCAGUCUCAACCAAGUCUUAUAGUAUCCUACAAACUCAGUAAUACACUUGAAUUUUAUUGCUAUACUAUUGCAGAUUUACUUGGGCGAGAAACUGCACUUUGUAAUACACUAUGGGCACUGAAAGAUGCUGCUCAGAAAACAUGUUUUGAUAUUUUGAAAGUUCGAGGGGAAAAGCUUUUGCGGUAUCCCCCCCUUGUAGCUGUUGAUCUUUCCCCACCACCAGCAGUGAGGGAAGGGGUAUCUGUACUUCUUGAAAUAAUUGACACCUACAACAGCAUGAUGGUUCCUGCUUCUGGCCAGAAACCCACUUUUGGUCCAGUUGUAUCUGCUAUACUGGAUCCAAUAAUUCAGAUGUGUGAACAAGCAGCGGAUGCACAUAAGUCAAAAGUAGUCAGCCAUUCAUCAAGGAGGAGUAGGACGAGUUCUGAUUCUAAUCAACAUACUAAAUCAUCAGUGGAUGCAAUCUUGUCAAAUAGCAGCUCUGCUUCAUCCUCACUGACUAGUGAAACUCCUUCAAAAAUCUUUCUCAUUAACUGCUUGUGUGCUAUUCAACAACCUCUAUCUGGAUACGAGGCUGUCGCUGAUUACGUGAAUAGACUCGGAGCAAUGAUUGAUAAUCACUUACGCGUUCUUGUGGAAAAAGAAGCCGAAGCAAUCUUAAGAAGGUGUAAUUUGUCAGAAAAGAUGCGUCUCUUGCAGAAUUCAAUACACAAGGAAGGGGAGAAUGAAGUCGGUACCCCAUUGGCUGAGAGGGAGGACACUAGUCCAGCCAUUCUUUCGGAGUGUUUGAAAGCUCUGUUUGGUCUUAUUUUGGGAAGUGAAAGUUCCCUGCCGGAAUUUGAGCAGAUGCAGGUUCCAAGAUUGCGUUCUGAGGCUUCUAUAGGCGUGGCCAGGUCAUUGGCCGAAGCUUACGAGCUUAUUUAUAAGGCUAUUAUGGAUCCCAAAAAUGGUUAUCCGGACCCCAGGGCGUUGGCAAGGCAUCCGCCUGAUCAGAUAAGAACUAUAUUAGGAAUAUAAGUUGUCUUGCUUCGUUUAUUUCUUUUGCACCGAUCUCUUGCUCAAUAUGUUCAUUUUGUUUGCUAAUUACGUAUAUAAACUCUUCUAUCUCAUUUUGGAUUGUACUGCUCUACUAUUAAAUAAUUCUGUAAUCUACUAUUAGCCUUUGAGACGCUGUAUUGGAAUCUUUCAUUGUUGUUGAUGAAUAUAAUUUCAUUGAAUGAA